UUUUAAUGGGAAAUUGUGUUUAAGAGAGAAAACCUUAACAUACUCUAUUUGAUGCUCAAGAAUUAAAAAAACUUAAUGAAGUUUUUGAUCAUUAUUGUGAUUUAUAAACAGAGUAUCAUUAUUAUAAUCCUAUAGAACUCGCAAAAACAGACACCUCACAUAGUAAAGCUUUGAAGAAAUCUUUAUUGAGAAUCCUGAUUUUGGUAGAAAGUUGUUUCGCUUCCUAGAAGUUUAUGGUUAAAAAGAAAAAUAUAUACAUAGAGAUGUGCUAUUUUACAUUUGUAAUUAUUAUUUAAUAACGAAUAGUGGAGGUUCUCUUAAAAGAUGCUUCAUCUGUAAAUCAAUUAAAAAACUUAAAUAAAGUAGAACUAUUUUCACUUAUAAGUUUAAAAUCAUGCCAAUAUGUUAAAAAUAAAGAAGAAUUACAUUCUUUCAAAAUUACAUAUCUAGAUGCCAUUACAAUAAUAAAUGAUAUUCUAAAGAUUAGAUUGUAAGGUGAUAACUUUUAGAAUAUUGAUGAAAAAGCUAGUAGAGCAUUAUUAGAUUCGUUAUUUAAAUCAGAAAAUGGAAUCAUAGAUUGGUUUGAGUUAAUAAAGCAACUUAGACUUCGUCUCGGGGGUUUAUCAGGAGUCAUCAAAUAAUACAUUAAAAUUAAGUUCUUCUUAUUAGAAAAAUCAUUAGAAAUACCUUAGAUGAAUACCACAUCAUAUUUAUUAAAUGAAGAUUUAAUAUUUUAACUUUAACUAAGUGCUCAUGAGACUAAACUAAAAGGUGCAAUAAAGCUAGAACUUUUAUAUUCUAAUCUAGUUCAUAAUGGAGGAUUUAGAUAAAUGGCAAAUAACAUUAUACAAUCUGGAUUACCAACAGUAAUAUUAUUGCAACAUGAAGAAUUAUAUGAAGCACUUCAUGAUAAAAGUAAUAUACAAAAAACAUAUACAUUUGGAGCAAUCUCAAAUCAAAGAUGGUUUGAUACAGCAUUACCUCAAGGAGAUAAUAAAGAUUGUAUCUUUUCUUUAUAUCCAUAAUUUGUUGUGUAUUAACCAAAGAGAGAUAGAACUGCAAAAAAGAAUUUUUGUUAUUUAAAUACCAAAGAUAUAUCAAUGCCUUAGGGUAUUGGUUUUGGAUUUGAUGAAAAUAAAUUUAGAAUUUGGAUUGACAAAGAUUAUAACAAAUCUACAUGUUCAUCUGAAGAUUUAAGUUAUGAAAAUGGUGACCUUGUUCAUAGACACAUUAAAAAAUUAAAGGUUGCCAUUAUUUAAUGAAUUUAGAUCGCUAUUGUAGAAGUUUGGGGAAUAGUACAUCCAGCUAUAGAAGAAUAAAUGGAUGAUCAUAAUAUUGCUAAUGCUGAACCAGAAUUUUAAUAAUUUGAAAUCAAUAAUUAUGAGGAAGUCGAAAAUCAAAAUUUAGAGUAAGAUAUUAUUAUAUUCAUCAUAUUCUUAGUUCUAAAGCUGAUUAUUAUUGGGCUAAUAAAUAAUAAGAAGUUAAAAUUGAAACAACAGCAACUAAUACUUUUUAUUGGAAUAAUGCAUAAACCUCAAAACCUACUUUAUAAUAUAAUUCAAACCUUACAAAAAGUCAACCAAUUACUAAUCCUUACUACAAUUAAGGAUUAUAAACUGAAUAAUAAAUUGCUGAUCUACUUGUUGGAAAAAAUACAACUAAUUAUAAUUAAUAAUAAGAAGUGAUUACUUAAACUACUCUUACUCGAAGAAGCAAUUUACAAAGACCAGUCUUAGAUUUUAAAUAAAAAACUACUUAUGAGCCAGAGAUUGUACCUAUAAGGCAAGAUAACAUCUCUGAAACAAAAAGUUAAAAACAGUAUUAAAUUUUAUAUAAAAUUUAGCGAAGUUUUUGGAACUAACAUUAUUGAAUCUUCAUAUCCUUAAUAAACCAAUAAUGAAAAGGUAUACUCAACCAAUUCGAGUUUAACUUAGUCAAAAGGAAGAAAAACUGCUGAUUAAAUAAUCUAAGAUUAUGAAUCAAGAAAAAGUAAGAGAAAUUAUUGA